UGUGCGCCGACAACGGGACAGAGGUGAGCGGGGCCGUGGGCAGGUCCGUCACCUUCCACCUCCAGAGCCCGGAUGGAGAAGCUGCAGCCUGGAGCUUUCGCAACGACGUCAUAGCGACGGUGAAAUUCGGCAAUCCUCCUGAAGUCACGUUUUUUGACAACAACUACAAGUCGCGCUUGGCCUUCCCUGAGGAUGGCGGCGCGCUCACCAUCUCCCAGCUGAGGAUGGACGAUGCCGGUACCUACACCGCGAGGACCUCAGGGGGAAAAACAAAAACCGCCUUCACCCUACACGUGUACAGGGAGCUGGCGGUGCCGACGGUGACCUGUGUGGCACAGAACUGCUCGGUUGGCGACUGCCGCUACACCCUGCACUGCGCUGCAUUGGGCUCCGGCUACGGCACCGUCUUCUACAGCUGGAGUGUGGGGGGCUUGCCGAGGAGUGAGGGGCCCACGCUGCUGGCGGAGGAGUUGCCCACGGACGAGCUGCCGCUCACGUGCACAGCACAAAACCCCGUCAGCAGCCGCAACGCCACCGUCGUCUCGCCCGCUGCCCUCUGCGCAGGUAACAGCCGUGGAAAGAUGCACGGGUGGGUGGCGGGGACGGGCCGUAUCCUGCACCCCGUGGCGCCAGCUUUCCCCCGAGCUCUGCCUUGGCGUGCAAAGAGAAACGCAGAGCCCCGACACCAGCAUCGACCCUCUCUCCCUAUUCUCUCCCCUCACUCCCCUACCCCAAAAGCCACCCGUGAGGUCCCCGGAGGGCAAAGGGAUGUCGGCUCCUACUUCAGCAGACAGGCUGGAAUCGUGGCUGCAUCGGUGACCGUAGCCAUAGUGCUUUUAGCAGCGGUUAUCUUCGUGAUCUACUGCAAAUCCAAAGGCUGGACAAUCUUCCACCUGCCUGCAGCCGAGGUUGUGGACACAGAGGCCGGAGCAGAAUACAUGACGGUGUACGCCCAAGUCGGCCCUUCCCAGCAGAUGCACAUGGAGAGUAUCCCUAAUGCUCGACAUGGUGACCCUAAGAAGACACCAACCCCCGAUGCGGAGACCUCCAAAACCAUCUAUUUCAGCAUCCAGGCUGUGGCCCAGACGGAUGAUGAGAAGAUGAGCAACAGCCGGGAGUAG